AUCCAUGAGUCAGUAGCCACCUUGAGAGGAAACAGAGAGGAGAGCCAGGUACUUCGCAACUUGUUGGAUUUCAUCGACAGUUAUUUAUUAGCUGAUGGGAAACCUGAACUUCUUCGCUGUGCUUGAUACGCGGUGGGAAACCAGACCAGACACUCCAACCAGGUGGUAGAAGAGAGUUCCUCAACUCCAGUGGAUGAACUCAAUGUGGCUGUUACAAGUGCAGCAUUCAAGCACUAUGGUGUAUAGUUAAAGACCUAUGAGCAUAUUGACAGUAGCCAACAGUGAUAAUAUGCAAUCAAUCAAGCAAGAAGUGGACUCCAGUGAGUCCUUCAGUGGAGAGGAUGACCGGGUCCUGUCUGGGGCUUUACAAGAGGCUAACAGAGACGUGAUGGGCCACAAAACCUCUGCAAUUCCGUUCAAGGCUAAAACCUCUUGUCGCAGGAGAAGAGAGUUUAUCCCUGAGGAGAAGAAAGACAACCUUUACUGGGAGAGGCGUCGCAAAAACAACGAGGCGGCCAAACGCUCCAGGGAGAAGCGGCGUGUAAACGACAUGGUGCUUGAGAACAAGCUGAUGGCCCUCGGAGAGGAAAAUGCCUCCCUCAAGGCUGAGCUGUUGUCGUUGAAGCUGAAAUUUGGCCUGGUGAGCCUGGCAACAUAUGCCCAAGAAGUCCAGAGUUUAUCCAACUCCACCAAAAUCAAAGUCUACCAAGAGUUAUUUCCACCCAAUGCUAGCCAAAGUUCUUCCAGCAGGGUUUUGGAGCCUCUUCACUCGCGCAGUAGCUGCAUAUCAGUCAUCAAGCAUUCACCUCACAUGCCCGAGACUUGCACUGCGACUCAGGGCUCCUUUGGUAUCUGCAGGACUACAGAGGUCAAGCAAGAACCAGCAGAGAGAGGCAGUUCUGCACAAGAGAGGAGGAGUCCCUACGAACUGUAUAGAAACUACAUGGCCAGCCCUUUGUCUGGAGGCUACUCCCAGCCUGCUGCAUUCCUGCCGCUCACCAGGUCGUCCAGUAACUCCCCCAGGAGCUCAGAUGAUGGUGCUGUAAGCAAAUCAUCAGAUGGUGAGGAUGAGCAGCAGGUCCCCAAAGGGUUAGUGCAGUCUGUAGCUGACCCAAGAAGUGUCAUUGUCUCCACACACAAAGUGCCAGAUGCCAGUUCUUCAGCUUUGCCCCAUAAACUGCGGAUCAAAGCCAGAACCAUCCAAAUCAAAGUGGAGGCCAUCGACCCUGAAUACCCGUCCUCCUCUCCCGUCACAGUUUCAGAGGGAGGAUGCUACCAGACCACUCCGGACUCAUCAGAGUACAGCCAGUCCUCCCCGUGCCCUUUGUCGUUACAGGUCACCAACAUGCAAGACUGGACCCAGCAGUCUGAGCAGUGGCAUAAGGGCAACACAGAGACUCUGCAGAAUGGCUGCUGGAGUAGCAGGCUCACCACGAGCCCCGUCUCAAACAAACCCACUGUGGAUGUAAAGGAAGGCUCCUCUGGACUCUCAGAUGGUGAGGACUUGUAUCUUAAACAGGGCCCUGCCGAGCUCUCUGCUCGGAAAACACUUAUCACAGCACAGCAAGGGUCUGUGAUAGAAUCAACCAAAAGCACCACUGAUCAUCACGAGUCAUUAACAAAAGGCUGUUCCUCUGCAUGACCUUAGUUUUGUUGUAUUUCCACUGUAUUUGCUGUUGCACUGUGUGGUUGAUGUUGCGGUUAAACAAUGUUUUGAUUACUGUACAUUUUCAAAUAAACGGUGUUCAAAUCAUAGCUGUUGGGGAACAAACUAAGGCUGUUACCUGUACUGUUAUAUUCACGUGGUACAUUUAAUAUAAUGACUUCAAUCAGUACAACAGUCACAUCACUCUGCUCAUCAGAGCUACUCUUCUCUAACACAAGUCAUGUUAUUGCUAAUGUUCAGUAUAAUGUGGCUCCAUGUUUAACAGGUAAAUGCAUUAACAGCUCAUUAAAACGUGGGCAGAUCAGAAAACAAGGAGACUUUAUAAUUAGGAUUUCUGGGCACUAUUUGAGAAUUUACAGUGAAUUGUUAAUCGGUGAUGUGUGACAUGCAUCAUUAAUGUAUAGGAUAUUAAUAAAUAUCUGUAAAGCUUUUAUUUUUUAUGAUUCAUAACUGCUGUGACUGGGCCAUCAGUAAACACCUGUCACUGAACUGUAGUGCUUUGAUUUAGUGGAGCAGGAAAAGGCCCAGUUAACAGUCUGGACAUUCUUCUCUUUAAAGCUGAAAUCUGUUUGAACUAAUGUAGUAAUAAUAUUGUAUCCAUCUGUAUUUUGCCGUGGUGACGUGGAGAUGCAGUGCAUACCUCUGCUUUAAGGAAAUGUUUUGUAGUGCUUCAUUUUAUGAGUUUAUAAUUUCUUAAUUUCCAAGAUGUUUCCUGGAAAGUUGUAAUUAAAUACAAAUAAUGGGAAAAACUGAUGUUUAUGGACUUUGAUUCAAAUUAACUGCUAAUGUAAUCUAGAGGUUAUUUAAGCAGUGCACAGCAGAUGGCCGGACAUGCAAAACUAUUGAAUUUGUCAACAAAUAUAUAAUUGAACAUAAAGUUUGAAAUAUUAAAUGAAUAAAUAUUUACUCAACUUUAAAUGACCACCCUAUUUUCCCUAUAAUUAAUAUCAAAUUAUAAAAGUUAUUUUCAGGAAACUUUCUAAGAAUACAUUUAAAGUCCAGAAUCUCUGUUCUCUUUUGUCCGGGUGUUCAUGCUGCUCACCUUCAUCACUCCAGUGAACGAUACUUAUAUUCUGUAUGUUGCACUCAAUGACAAUCACUGCAUUCCAGCAGCUGAAACAACUGACUCGACCACCACACACUCCAUUGUCUCUGCUGUAGUUGUAAAAUGCAGAAGGUUACAGAUUUUGGCUUUAACCUCAAUUUAGCGUAAUCUCUUUUAAACGGCUCUGCUGCACUGGUUCACUGUUUGCCAAAUAGCCAUCACUUUUAUUUUUUAUUUUUAGAGGAUUUUCUUAAAAACUGACUGUGUGUGAAACCGGCUGGAGAACUGUGAUUAGCAUCUGAUGGAGCUGAGAACAAUGUAACUGAAUUUACACAUUGUAUCUUCAAAUGUUAUCAACUUAUAGAACAUUUACAUUUGUAUUAUCAAAAAGUGUCCAGAGAUUCAGUAUUUUCCCCGUACAGUUCUUGUAAUUGUAUUAAUUACUGUUUAAUUACUGAGCUCAGAAGCAUCGGGGGUUGAGCAAAUGGCUCACUGCAUUUAUUCAUUUCUUAUAUCUAUUUGGGUGAUUACAUCACACCUCCUCCCUUCUCUGUAGCCAAUUUACAUGUGUUAUUCAAGUGUAUUCCCCCGUUCAUUUGAAAUGAAUGCUGUUCAUUGGUUAUCAUAGUUUGGAAUAUCUCGUUGAUGAUGAUGAUGAUGACGCCAACUGCCCAGCAGCCUGAAGUCCAGCUACCUGUAUCUGAACACUUUUCUCAAGAUUGUUUUGUUCACAAUAAAUGUCUAAUC